CAGCCAAAAGUGCAGUGCGAGUCGCACAGUGGAAUCAAUGCACAUACUGGGGUGCUCUCGACUCAGAUCUCCACAACAGAGUGUUUCUAGGCUGCAAAAAUAUCACCUGUGCAGUUUGCAGGUCAGUGGCGCACCCAACCGCAUCAUGCCCUCAGGUCAACCCCUCCUCUCUCCCCUUCGAGGGGAAAAGUCAAAGUAAAUCCACCAGCUAUGUGCCGCGAUCCGCAACCACCAGAGCUACACAGGACUUUGCUUUCGACGAAAGCACGCAGCCUUGUAAUCAUUUCAAUGCAGGCAAAUGCCAAAGAUUGCACUGCCGGUAUCUGCACAUUUGUAGUUUUUGUGGCGGCGCUCAUGCUCGCAUUGUAUGUCCAGUUUUCAAGUCCGUCAAUAAAAAAUCUAAACAAUAUUGGGAGACUCCUGUGAAUAUUUCACGUAUGCAUUUCGAACUGUCUCAUCACCCGGAUGCCGAAUUCACUGGUUACCUGCUUUCAGGUCUAAAAAACGGCUUUAAACCCGGCUUAGAAUGUCCGCUGUCCCAAAACAUCAUAUGUAAUAAUCUCCAAUCCGCCCUUAUAGAACCCGAAGUCGUAGACAAACUAAUUCAAGACGAAGUUGAGUCAGGCUUCAUGAUCGGUCCGUUCGACAAUCCUCCAUUUAAAUUGUUUCGGAUCAGCCCCAUUGGGGUGGCUACAAGAAAAUUUUCAGGGAAAAAACGUCUAAUAAUCGACCUGUCAGCCCCGCAUAAUUCCCCGUUCCCAAGCAUAAAUAGCUUGAUCCCUCUCAGCGAAUUUUCGCUCAAAUACCACGAUAUAGAUCAGGCUAUAGACAUGAUUAAAAUCGCAGGUCGAGGUGCUUGGCUUGCAAAACUUGACGUUACAUCUGCUUUUAAACUAAUGCCUAUCCAUCCAGGUUCAUGGCACCUAUUUGGAGUUCGCUGGCUCGAGAAAUAUUAUUUCGCAGUUCGCCUAACAUUCGGAUGCAAAAGCAGCCCAAAAAUAUUUGACAUGCUAUCAGAAGCCGUUUGCUGGAUCUUGUCAAACAACUACGCCAUUCCUUAUCUCAUUCACCUGCUAGAUGAUUUUUUAAUAAUCUCGCCUCCCAAUGCCAUCCCAGCUGCGCACCUCACCACGGUACAACACGUUUUCUCUGAGCUAGGAAUUCCUAUCGCUCGGGAAAAAACCAUGGGCCCAGUAACAUCUAUCGAGUUUCUUGGAAUUAAUUUGGAUUCAGUCAAAUUCCAAGCAUCCCUCCCUAAAGAAAAAAUCGACCGAAUAAUCCUCGUCUCUUCUACUUUCCUCGAAAAGCCUAACUUUUCCAAACGAGAACUCCUGUCCCUGCUCGGACAUCUAAACUUCGCAAUGCGGAUCAUCCCUCAAGGUCGCCCCUUCAUCUCGCACCUCCUCUUACUCGCGUCCUCUGUCCACUCGCUAGAAGACCGCAUUUCCAUAACUCAAGCAUGUCGCGACGAACUCAGGUUAUGGUUAACAUUUCUAAAACAGUGGAACGGCCUAUCUUUUUUCUACAAUAACCUCGUUUCAUCACCCACCGACAUCCAAUUGUUCACAGACGCCGCCCCCUCAAUAGGGUUCAGGGGAUUCUACCAAGGUCGUUGGUUCGCGGCUCCGUGGCCACCACAGCUCCAGGACAUAUCUCAAUCCUCCGCUCUAUUCGAGCUCUACCCUCUCGUAGUAGCAGCUUUCCUGUGGGGGAAAGAAUGGGCCGCUAGUAGCGUGUUAGUACAUUGCGACAACGACGCAACAGUGCACUGCAUUAACAAAGCCCGUUCCCAUUCACCCACGCUGAUGCCACUCUUAAGGCGUCUUAUCUGGAUUUCAGCUUGCGAUCAAUUCAUUAUCAUUGCUAAACACAUCCCUGGGUCAAAAAACCAAAUCGCUGACUCUCUGUCUCGUUUUCUGUUUCAGAAAUUUAGGACGCUGGCUCCAGAGGCGGAUCAAUUCCCAACCCCGGUUCCUCGCUAUUCAGAAUUAAUAUUCCCAUAACCCACCUGUUAAAACCCCGGCUUGACGCAUCACUCGACAUAAUUUGGUUAUCCUCCAAACAGUAUCUCCCAGGACCCUUUAAUCCUACGUUACCAUCUUUCCAUGUAUCUCAUAAAUUGCCUUUCCCCGAUUUUUCUUUUCUUGAAACCACCUCUUUUAUCUCCUACCUUUACAUCAUUAAACUCCUCUUUCCUGUCUCCUCUUUCCGUCCAGCGAGCAUUGGUCUCACAGCGGACGGAGUGAGCUCUUCCCCAGUAGAGCACUUA